CAUGCCGCCUAUCCCAGCGGCGCGGCCCGAAGCUGGUUUGACGGGCGGAGCGGCGGCGGAGGAUGGAGGCGGUGGUGUUCCUCUUCUCGCUCCUCGACUGUUGCGCGCUCAUCUUCCUCUCCGUCUACUUCAUCAUUACAUUGUCUGAUUUAGAAUGUGAUUACAUUAACGCCAGAUCAUGUUGCUCAAAAUUAAACAAGUGGGUGAUCCCGGAGUUGGUCGGCCACACCAUUGUCACUGUGCUGAUGCUUGUCUCCCUGCACUGGUUCAUCUUCCUUCUCAACUUACCUGUCGCCACGUGGAAUAUAUAUAGGUUCAUUAUGGUGCCAAGUGGCAACAUGGGAGUAUUUGAUCCAACAGAAAUACACAACCGGGGACAGUUAAAGUCACACAUGAAAGAAGCCAUGAUCAAGCUUGGUUUCUACCUGCUCUGUUUCUUCAUGUAUCUCUAUAGUAUGAUUCUAGCUUUGAUAAAUGACUGAAGCUGGAGAAGCCGGGUUGAAGCCAAGCUAUACUACACACUGCACAAUUGAGGAGCCAGAGACUACUAAACCACCCUUAGAACCAUGACCAGAGCAGUAUAUAUUUUGGUCUUUGAACAAAAAAAAAAAACCUAUUUUUGCUGUAUUUUUACCACAUAAAGUAUUUAAAAAAAAUAAAUUGAGUUUUUGUAGAUUUCUGAUUUCUGAACUCCAGCAAAUGAAGGUGUUUUGUCUCCUCUGUGGCUGUUUGGUAGAAGUAGGAAUGUGUGCCAGCUUUGCAUGCCAAAGAGAGAAGGGACAGACCUAAAAGAGCCAUUAAUACAGUGGUUCCCAGCCUGUGGGUCACCACCUUUUAGGAGUCAAAUGACUCUUUCACAGGGGUCACCUAAGACCAUUGAAAACAUAGAUAUUUACAUUGUGAUUCAUAACUGUAGCAAAAUUACAAUUACGAAGUAACAGCGAAAAUGGUUUUAUGGUUGGGGGGGUUCACAACAUGAGGAACUGUAUUAAAGUGUCACAGCAUUAGGAAAGUUGAGAACCACCACCUUAGUAGAUGAGCUGCACUGUCUGAAAAGCCAGAGCCGAAAGCAACACAGCGAAUCUGGAUAUAUGAAGAAAGUCAUGUUAAUGUGGCUUAAGGAUUGGGGGCUUUUCAGCUAUGACUUUCAGUAGUAAUGACAUUUUAAAAUAUAUUUAUUUGCAGUAUUUGAAACCUUAUGAGCCAUGUGCCCAAAUACAAUGUAAUUCCUGCUUCCAGAAAGGAAAAAUACAUUUUAAAAUCAAGAUUUUAUUAAGAGCUUUCAUUUUAAAGCUUGUACCUCUGUAAUGAUCCUCCCCACCUCCCUCUAAUCACCUCAGCUCUUGCCAGACCUUAUUUUUGCAUCAUAACUGUUCCAUUUGUAUUUGAUUUCUUUAAUAAUAUAUUUUAAUGGAUUUGGAGAGGUGACUAGGUAGAAGUCACUGAGAAUCAGGAAACCAGUCAGUCACUGUUAGAAAAACAACGCAAGAGCAGCCCGCGAGUGCUCACUUGGUGCAGAAUUCGCUGCAGCACUGACCACUCUGGACGGGGAGGGAGCCCAGCACAAGCCGUUGCAUGCAGUACCCAGCGACUCUGGAAGCUCCUGCUCUGUAUGAGAGGGCGCCAUUAACCUAGUCUGUGCUCAUCAUAUCUUGCAGGGUGGUGUGAAUCUGGCAAUCCAACCUCUUUCCUAGUUACACUUUAGGGUUGGUAUCCUAAGCACUGACACAUAAGGAAACAGGACUGUACACUGUGGCAUAAUGGACCUUGGCAGCAAAACAAAGUGUGUGCUUCCCCAGAAGAUUAAAUUUUUAAAUGUUGCAUGUCUCUGUUUUUUUAAUUUUUUUUCAUUUGUUUAUUUUAUGUAUAUGAGUACACUGUCCUUGUCUUCAGACGCACCAGAAGAGGGCAUCAGAUCCCUCUUUUGAGCCACCAUGUGGUUGCUGGGAAUUGAACUCAGGAUCUCCGGAAGAGCAGUCGGUGCUCUUAACCACUGAGCCAUCUCUCCAGCCAUCUAAAUGUCGCCUGUCUGAUUGAGUGAGGAGUUGGUAGCAGUAAGUGCCAGGACACUGAGUCCCCUGUUAGAGUGGGAGCUGUGCUCUGACCAAACAGGAAAAGAGGGUUGGGAGGGCAUGCAAAGGAAACCUGGUUCCCUGGGCCUCUGUAAAAGCCGGGAAAUGCUACCUAUAAUAAUCUUAUGUUUCUGCCUAGAAAAGGGCUAAGCAGCUGCACCAUGGGAGUUACUUUAUACUUCCUCCUACUGUUUCCCUGUAGGGCACCUUCUGCUUCACUCUACCUUCCAGUGCCCUCACCGUUAUUCAAGCUUUUCAAACAGACCUGCUGUUGGCUUCAUAGAACUGGGAGACACAAUGGAGGGCUUUUGUCUAGAAUGUUUGAGCUUAAACUGAAAGCCAUGGAACUAAGCACCUUUGGGCUGUCUUGUUGGGCCUAAGCUGCAGAGGAGGACUGACUGAGAAAGCUGCCUUGUCUAUAAAGACCCAGCUUAACUCUGAAACACUAGUUAUGAAUGGACACCUAUUCCUCAUACUGCUUGUGUGUAUCAAAGCCAGGAAAGGAGAGAGUCAUUUUUCUGGGGUUUUUGGAGGUAGGAGGGAUGCUUUUAUAAAUGCUGAAGAAGAGGAUGUGUGGCCUAAGUGGCUACGGCUCUGAAGCUUGAGGUGCUGCUGUAUGGUGAUGAGGGUGUUUGCAGAGGAGCUGUGAGAUCUGAGAGGGGGGGGGAGGGGGGAAUGACUAGAGGUUGUCAGAGUUCUCAAAGAUCUGAACAUUGGGAGCUCAGCUCGGUGUCCUCUUGUGCUCUCUUCCUGCCUGCCCUCUGUAAAGGCUCUAAGGUUGAAGGCCUGGCCAGUGCAGCCUGCUGUGGAAUGCAGCCACAUUGUGUCAUGUUUCCUUAGGCUUUUAACUGUAGCAGAUGCCUUGUGUCUAGAGCUGAGGAAGCAAAGCCCAAGAUGCGGCACCCCCCCACCCCCACCCCCACACACACAUCUAACAUGUCUCUUCACAAGAAGACAAUGUAGCAAGAGCCCAGAGGCUUCCUUCUGACCUGCUCUGACUUUAAACCUCUGUACUGUUUCCUGUGGGAAGUACUCGCCACUUUCCAUGUGGCAUCUCUUGUAUGCAAACUAGAUUGUGCGCUCCUAGAGGGCAGAGUCCACUCUGAUCACGUUUGUGUUGUCUUCCUUACCCUUCUGGCGCCUAAUACAGUGCCUUGCACACAGACACAAUAAAUGGCAGUUGAAUAACAAAUUAA